AUGGCGGAUGCAGAUAAGGUUUUGGUUGUUGGAUGUGGAGGGAUAGGAUGUGAGUUAUUGAAGCUGCUAUCGAGAGAGAAGAUCGGAAGCGUAACAAUGAUUGACUGCGACACAGUUGAGCUAUCGAAUCUGAACAGGCAAUUCUUCUUCACGCGAAAUGAUGUUGGCAAGAGCAAGGCAGUGGUUGCUGCAAGGAUAUUUGCACGGAUGUGUGAGAAUCGAUGCACAGUACACCCAAUAUGUAUGAGGAUUGAGGAGUUUGAUGCAUGCUUUUUUGCAGGGUUUGACAUAGUCUAUUGCUGCUUGGAUAAUGUUGCAGCACGUGUUUAUGUGAAUCAGAGAUGCGUUUUUUCAAGCACACGUAUGGUUGAUGGAGGAAGCGGGGGAUUCAAAGGACAAGCAUACUAUUUUGAUGAUGCAGUAAGUAAUGGGAGUAGAUAUGAAUGUUUUGAUUGCAUUCCAAGAGGAUCAGCGAAAGAGCAUGCAGUGUGUACCAUUCGUUCACGGCCGAGCUGCUUCGAGCACUGCAUAAUAUGGGCAAAGCAUGUGUUUCUUUCAAUGAAGAUUGUUGUGCAUGGGGAUCGCGAAGAAUACUACUAUGCAAACUUGAAGAGCAUAGUGGAGAAUUGUGAAUGCACACAUGAUGCUCUGGAUCUUGAUCAGUUCAGAAGUAGUGAGGAGUACACAUACAGAGUAAGGCAUGUAAUGAAGACAAUUAGUGCAAUGGGUGUUCCAGAAUUCAAUAAGGACGAUAGGUCUGUUCUGGAGCUGGUGUAUAAUGUUGCAUUUAUUCGUGCAAGAGUUGCAGGGAUUGAGCCGAUAUCUUUUGAAGAUGCAGUUACUGUUGCAGGAAGUAUUAUUCCAUCAAUAAGCACUGCCAACUCGAUAAUUGCGUCUCUGAUGAUUUUAUCUGCAGGCAGCAAAUGCAACUACUACUUAGUGAACAAUGGUAGCAUUAUCAGAAGGAUGGAACGAUGUGUAAGUAGAGAAGGAUGUUUGACAUGCUCUUUGAAAUGGUAUGUUCUUUUUUAUUCGCACAAUGUUACAUUUACGAGCCUGAUGGCGUGCUUCCGAGCAAAAAGCAUGGAGCUUCUGGCAUUCACAGAUGCUGACUCGUUUCUUACUCCAAGCAUGAAAGAGGCGCAUGGCAAGGAAAUCAGGCUUAAAAGCAAUAGCACAGCCGAAGCUGUUUAUUCAAGGAAGUCAGCUACUAGGAGAAUCGGCCUGUAUAUUAUGAAGCAUGAUGGAUGCAUGGCAUUAAGAAGAAUGAAUCCUAAGGUAUUCAUGCCCGUGAAUAAUCGAUCUGAUCGGUGA